GCGCAGAGCCGGCCGCCGCCCAGACAGGACGACACCACCUCUGCCGAAGCCACCCCCGCGGCGCGCGAGCUAGUGCCGAGGCGUCGGGAAAAUGGCAGACAGUUUUUCGCUUAAUGAUGCCUUACCUGGGUCUGGAAACCCAAACCCUCAAGGAUGGCCUGGUGCAUGGGGAAACCAGCCUGCUGGGGCAGGAGGCUACCCGGGAGCAUCCUAUCCUGGGGCCUACCCUGGACAGGCACCACCCGGCCCCUACCCUGGCCAGGGACCUCCUGGGGGUUACCCAGGCCAGGCACCUCCAGGGGCCUACCCUGGCCCAACUGCACCUGGUUAUCCUGGCCCAACUGCACCUGGUUAUCCUGGACCAACUGCACCAGGUGCCUACCCCGGGCCUGGGGUCUACCCACCUCCUGGACAGCCAAGUGCUCCUGGAGCCUACCCUGCUGCUGGCCCUUAUGGCAGCCCUUCUGGACCCCUGAAUGUGCCUUAUGACCUGCCUUUUUCUGGAGGAGUCAUGCCUCGCAUGCUGAUAACAAUCCUGGGCACAGUAAAGCCCAAUGCAAACAGACUUGCUUUAGAUUUCAAGACAGGGAAUGAUGUCGCCUUCCACUUUAACCCACGCUUCAAUGAGGACAACAGGAGAGUCAUCGUUUGCAAUUCGAAGCUGAAUAAUAACUGGGGGAAGGAAGAAAGACAGACGGUUUUCCCAUUUGAAAGUGGUAAACCUUUCAAAAUACAAGUCCUGGUUGAAGCUGACCACUUCAAGGUUGCGGUCAAUGAUGCUCACUUGUUGCAGUACAAUCAUCGGGUGAAAAAUCUCAGGGAAAUCAGCAAACUGGGAAUUUCUGGUGACAUAAAUCUCACCAGUGCUUCGCACACCAUGAUAUAAAGGGGCAGAUACUUUUUAAAGAAAUGAAAUUGAACGUAAACCUUACACAUUUAAAAGUUUCAUGUUCACUGUAAGUGAAAAAUUUUACCUUUAUUCAUCAGUGUCCUUCUUGCAAAUCAUCCAUUUAAUAAAGAGUUACCUGUCUUUAUA